UAGAAACUCCGCCCACCUAUACUGAAUGUCUCGUGCGUGCUUGCGAAUCGCGAAUGUCUGAUCAGAACCGGAUUUCGAGUUCCUCUCAAUAGAUCCAGAUCUUAAUUGAAUUCGGAUGAAUAGUUGAGCGAGUUUAACGGGUGUUCGCGGUGCUGGUGGUCUCGGGUAAUGCGGUUCCGUUCGGAGUCUCCAUGACAACUAAACCAGCGGCGGUAAUGGUACAUGGCUUUGACCACGUUUGUUACCAUGGAGACGCCCUCAUGUGUGAGUACAGCGCACGUCAACAGUGAUUCACAUUCAGAGAAACAGUCGUCUAGCGCCGCCCUGGAGGUUCAUCUGCUCUGCUGCAGAGACGAAUCACGUGUGCUUCCAUACCCACCUGGAGAAUAUGUGACAGAGGAGAUCUGCAUCAGUGCAGCUAAAGAGUGUGGUAUCAGUCCCAUGUACUGCAGUCUGUUUGGACUGAUGAGGGAAAAGGACCGUGUCUGGCUUCCGCCCAAUCACGUUUUUAAGAUUGAACCAUCCACCAAUGAGAAGCUUCUGUUUAGAAUCAGGUUUUAUUUUCCAGGCUGGUAUGGGAGCAGUUCAAACUGUGCCCGCAGAUACGGCGUCACAAAGAGUUCAGAGGCACCUGUGCUCGAUGACAUCACAACGGCUUAUCUGUUUGCGCAGUGGAGAUGUGACUUUCUGAGCGGCGCAGUCAACGUCCCCAUCAGUCUACAGUUUCAGGAAGAAUGUUUGGGAUUGGCUGUUCUUGAUAUGAUGCGAUUGGCCAAAGAUAAAGGCAAAUCACCUGUCGACAUCUACAAUCACAGCAGUUACAAGUCGUUCGUUCCGAAGAACAUGCGAGCCCACAUUCAGAAGCAACACUUUGUGACCCGGAAGCGAAUCCGAUUCCGCUUUAGGAAGUUCAUUCGGGAGUUCAGCUCGUGUAAAGCCACGGCACGAGACCUCAAGCUGAAGUACGUGGUCAGUCUAGAGACGCUGCAGACGGCCUUCUACACCGAACGCUUUCACGUCUACGAGCGAUCCACGGGACCGGUCACCAUCGUGGUCAGCGGCAAGCACGGCAUUCGAUGGUCCAAAGGAAUAGAGGAGAGAGAUGGAGAGGGUCUGCAGGUAUACUGUGAUUUCUCAGAGGUCAUUGACAUCAGUAUAAAGCAGGGGACUAAAGACGGAUCCGUCGAGAAUAGAAUCGUUUCUAUUAACAGACAGGACAGUCAGACUCUGGAGCUGGAGUUUCAUUCUCUGUCAGAGGCUUUAUCCUUUGUGUCUUUGAUUGACGGCUACUACAGGCUCACCACAGAUGCUCAUCAUUACUUGUGUAAGGAGGUGGCGCCCCCUAGACUCCUGGAGGCCAUACAGAUCAACUGUCACGGCCCUGUUUCGACGGAGUUUGCCAUCAGUUGUCUGCGGCGGUAUGAAAAUCAGACGGGCAUUUAUAUCCUCAGAUGCAGCCCGAAAGAUUACGACAAAUACUUCCUUUCAUUUGUCAUUGAGUGUGAUGGAGAGCAGCAGAUCAAACACUGUCUCAUUCAUCGCUCACAUUCAGGGGAGUUUGUGCUCAGUGGAGCCAAAUGCAGUUUCGGGAGUUUGAGUGAAUUACUGCAACGCUACCAGAAGGAGGCGCUGCGCUCGGACACUCACGUCUUCCAGUUAAAUCGCUGCUGUCCACCCAAAACCAAAGAUAAAUCCAACCUGCUGGUGUCCAGGAGUAAUGAGACCUCUAAUGUUUGUCUUUCUCCAUCUGUGUUUAAACACAUCAAUCAAAUGAUCUUCCACAAAAUCCGUAAAGAAGAUCUGGAGACUAGGGAAUGUUUGGGUCAGGGAACGUUCACUCAGGUGUUUCGAGGGGUCCGGACGGAGCUCGGAGACUACGGAGAAGUCCACAAGAUGGAAGUUGUGCUGAAAGUUCUAGAAAAAUCCCACCGCAACUACACAGAGUCGUUCUUUGAAUCGGCGAGCAUGAUGAGUCAGUUGUCACACAAACACAUUCUGCUGAAUUAUGGCAUCUGCGUGUGCGCAGACGAACACAUCAUGGUGCAAGAGUACGUACGCUUCGGCUCUCUGGACACGUACCUGAGGAGAAACCGCAGCUCCAUCAACAUCACCUGGAAGCUGGAGGUCGCAAAGCAACUGGCCUGGGCACUGCACCACCUGGAGGAAAAGAACGUGAUCCACGGAAACGUUUGUGCCAGGAACGUUCUGGUGACUCGCGAGGAAGAUCGAAAGACGGGAACACCUCCGUUUGUCAAACUGAGUGACCCGGGAAUCAGUCUGACAGUUCAGGCCAAAGAGUUUCUCAUCGACCGGAUCCCCUGGGUUCCUCCGGAGUGUGUCAGGGACAGUCGCAACUUGACUUUGGCGGCAGACAAAUGGAGCUUUGGCACGACGCUGUGGGAGAUUUACUGCAGUGGAGAUCGCCCUCUCGCAGCAUACGACAGCUCCAAGAAGCUGCUGUUUUACGAGGACAAGCAUCAGCUUCCAGCUCCUAAAUGGACAGAACUGGCUAAUGUUAUUAACAGCUGUAUGGACUACGAGCCUCUUCACCGACCGUCAUUCAGAGCUCUCAUCAGAGAUCUCAACAGCCUCUUCACACCAGACUACGAGUUGUUAGUAGAGAGCGAGAUGGUGACGAGCAGGAAUCGAGCUUUGGGUUUUACUGGAGCGUUUGAGAAUCAGGAUCCAGCUCAGUUUGAAGCCAGACAUCUGAUCUUCCUUCAGCUGCUGGGGAAGGGUAACUUUGGCAGUGUGGAGAAGUGCAGGUACGACCCGCUGCAGGAUAACACAGGUGAGGUCGUCGCAGUGAAGAAGUUGCAACACAGCACAGCCGAACAUAUGCGAGACUUUGAGCGGGAAAUUGAGAUCCUGCGAUCGCUGCAGCAUGAGAAUAUAGUCAAAUACAAGGGAGUGUGUUACACUGCAGGCCGAAAGAAUUUACGGCUCAUUAUGGAAUAUUUGCCCUUCGGAAGUUUGAGAGAUUACCUUUCCAAAAAUAAGGAGUGUUUUGACCACAAGAAACUCUUGAUGUAUGCAUCCCAAAUCUGUAAGGGAAUGGACUACCUUGCAUCAAAGCGCUACGUCCACAGAGACUUGGCUACUCGUAACAUUCUAGUGGAGAGUGAAUUUCGGGUAAAAAUCGGAGACUUUGGCCUCACUAAAGUUCUUCCUCAGGAUAAGGAAUAUUACACCGUGCAUGAGCCGGGUGAAAGCCCCAUAUUCUGGUACGCACCAGAAUCUCUGACCGAGAGUAAGUUUAGUGUCGCAUCUGAUGUCUGGAGUUUUGGAGUCGUUCUGUACGAACUUUUCACCUUCAGUGACAAAUCCUGCAGCCCUCCGACUGUGUUCAUGGAGCAGAUGGGUGAAGAUAAACAGGGUCAAAUGAUCGUUUACUACUUGAUUGAUCUGCUCAAAAGAAACUACCGUUUGCCGUCUCCAAACGGAUGCCCGGCUGAGAUUUACACCUUAAUGACACAAUGUUGGACGGCAGAGCCGAGCGGGCGACCCACAUUUAAAGAUCUCGCUCGGAAAGUAAACGCCAUCCAGGACGGCACGAGCAGCUGACUGAUGUGUGCGACUGAUUUUCUUUAGGAAAUGUCGUGAUUGCUGUCACUGCAGGAUCUGCAGGAUUAGAGCCGCUAGUGCUGGAGUUCCUCUCAUAUCUGGUGUUUACUUUACUGUUGUACGUGCUGUUUUAUGAUUUUGUAUUAUUAAAAAAACACUGUGUAAUAUUUUA